CAUUUAUUAAAUCAGAUUAUAGCAGAUUUUAUAGUUCAGAGUGAUGUGAGACUCCUGAAGUGAUGCACAUGGUUACAGACUGCUGUACCAUAAAACACACACACAUUUGCAUGUAGUCAUCGUGUUAUACUAAAGUUUUUCCACCUCUCUCCAGGUGAACAGUGGGACUUGUCUUCAGCUUCAGGUGGAACAGCUCUGACCUGUAUGGUGAUCAGCACCGGAGAGGAGAGACACCUGGUCCAUUAAGGUGACGGACGAGCAGCUAAGAUGAAUACGACGAGCCGCCACAGGACCUGAAGCGGGAAAACUGAGUAUCCGUCUUCUGAUGAAACUCCUUUGGGUCCUGCAGUUGUUUGUUGACUCUAGUUAUGCUGGUUAUUUACAUAAUAAAACCUUUUUUUGAAUUGCACUCUAUUGUGUGUUGUUGUUUUUUUUAUAGAUUUUUAAAGCAUGUGUUGAGUCUUUUAAUGGAGUCCAAUGUCUCCUGGCAUUUUCAAAGCUUUAACUAUAUUUGAUGUAUGCAUUCUUCUUUCUAUUACCUUCAUUAUCUAUUCCUAUUCUGGGAAUGACUGUUUAGAAACCAUGUGUUGUUUAAUAGUGUCUGAGCAAGUUAGCCCCCCCCCCCCCCCCACAAUCAAGGCAGUCUAGAACUGGGCCUGAUCAUAAUAUAUAUUUUAUUAUGUUUAUAAAUUGUAGUAAUUUCAGCCUACAUCCUCAGUGGUGAGGCAAAAUGCACCUCUAUGACCCAAAAUUCCUUUACUGAACCGAGAUCCUUUAGAAAUGUGUCUUCAGUACAACACAGCAGUGAUUCUUAGUUUUUCAGUGACAUGAUUGCGUGUUAUAUGACUGAUCUGUAUGUUUUUUCUCUUCGUGCAGAAUUGAAAAUGUCAGAGAAACAAACCUGGUUUUCUAACCUGAAGACUGAAUUUGAGAACAGCCCUCUUGUGUCCAGUUCGGCCUUGGGCCUCAUCCUGACUGCCUGUGAGAAGGUAACGGACGAGGAGUUCGCUUGCCCCUGUAUGUCUGAGUGGAAUGCACCAUUUGCAGCAGCAUUUUUCGUUGUUCCAGCAGUUCUGAUCUUUGUGCUGAUGAACAUGCGAUGUUGCAAGAGUGAAAAGUGGAAAAAAAAUCUUCUGUUCGGCUUCAUCGACGCCCUGGUGUGGGUCGCCCUGGUGUUCAUGGAUGGCAACUACUUUGUGUGUGCCAUGACAACCUGGUCAGGGGAGUUCAUGACGGAUGUUGAGGGUGCUCCUCAGACAUGGUGCAAGCCUGACAACCAAACCCUAACAGUAGAGCUGAUGAUGCAGUCCCAGCGAUGGUAUUCUCUUUCUCAGGGUAUUGGACUGUGGUUCAUCAUGUUCAUUGCCGUGCUGUUGGGAUUGUAUCAGUUCUUCAAGAAAGGAGAAGGAGAGCAAGAGCAAGAGCAAACCCAGGAAGGAUAUGAAUUAACCGCCCAGGAUGCGAAAGUUUAAAGAGAAAACGGACACAACUUCAACUACACCAUCCUCCACAAUUAAACCAUGUUAGUAUUGACAUGUGUUUUCCCUUGUUCAAUACAAGAAAUAUACAUUAAACAUCGUAGUUUUCACUAUCA